AACACACCUGAACCAGCUAAUCAAGGUCUACAGGAUCACCAGAAACCUCCAGGCAGGUCAAAUAUGUAAGAGGGGAAGAGCAGCAAACUGUAUGUUAUUCUCCUCUAACCUCUAUCACAUCCCGCACACCUGAAAUACCAAGCGUAAACCAUGUCUUUCACUCCAAAAUCAUACAGUAAAACCCAAACAGUUACAACUUCAAGCACUAGAUCCACUAAUGUGGAUGACGGCAAAAAGAAAUCCCUGCUGAAGGACAAUAGCUGGAUUAGGACAAAUGUGAAAGAGGAGGAGCAAGUCGAACGUGAUGGUAACUUCGGCAAAACUGUUCUGAGUCGUUAUAAGUCCAACGAAAGCCUUGUCAGCCCUCAAGAUCAAACUAGCAAAACCAGCACUGUCAGCACUUCAUCAGGUGCCACUGUCCAAGCGCUCUCGAAAAGAUUUGGCGGCAGCCAGGACAAACUGAAUGAAACCAGAACAACAGGAACUAAAACAACUGUGAAAACGGAGCCCAGGAAAAGCUCUACUUCUACAACAACAACAAUCAAAGAUGGUACAAAGAUAACUGAGACAACUGUGACCACUACCAAGCAGGAUGUGGUGAAAUCAUCUACCAAGUCUGAAACACUCACUGAUAAAGACCUGGCAGGUUUAAACACCAAGAGUUCUGGUGAUUACAAGACUGAAGUCAUUACUGUCAAGUCAUCAAAGGACACUGUUGAUGGACCAACUUCACCUGUCAAGACCACCACAAGCAUUUUCAAUUCUAGCAUCAAAACCUACACCAAAGGGGAUGUUUCACCCACUAAAACAACAUCAUAUUCUGUUCGGUCCACAAAGAGCACUGAGGAUCAACUGUUUGAUACUCUCAUACCAACAUCUAUCAAGUCAGCCAACACGAAAUAUGACAGCAGUGACUACAAGACUGACAUGGUUACUGUGAAGACAUCAAAGGACAUCAUUAAUGUACCAACUUCACCUGUCAAGACCACUACAAGCAUCAAGACCUACACCAAGGAGGAUGUUUCACCGACUAAAACAACAUCCUAUAGCACAAAGAGUGACUACACAACUGAAGUGGUUACUGUGAAGUCUUCAAAGGACAUCAUUGAUGUACCAACUUCACCUGUCAAGACCACCACAAGCAUCAAAACCUACACCAAGGAGGAUGUUUCACCCACUAAAACAACAUCAUAUUCUGUCCGGUCCACAAAGAGCACUGAGGAUCAACUAUUUGAUACUCUCAUACCAACAUCAAUCAAGUCAGCCAACACUGACAGCAGUCGCGAGGAUAUAUCGGUCUCCAAAUCCAUCAGAACCGUGUAUUCUACAAAUGAGAGAGAUGAAUGGAGUUCAGUCACAAGUCCUUCUUACAGCAGAACAUCAUACACAGAGAGCAGGCCUGUUGAUUACAUGUCUGACACGCUCGCAUCAAAAACCACUACGACUGUGUACACUUCACCGGAAAGGGUAGUAACUGGGAAGGACAUUUGCACAGUCUGCCAUAAAAACAUGUACACAGAUGAAAAGAUGAUCCUGGAUGACAUGAAUAUCAACUGUCAUGCAAGUUGUUUCAAGUGUGGGGUGUGUAAUGCUUCUCUGGGACUCCUGAAGGCAGGGGACAGUUUGUGGGUGUACCGUCGUGCCAUUCACUGUGAGAGCUGCUUUGGUGUCACUAAGGGCAAAUGGCUCCGCUGAAACUACAUUUAGCAAUAAUGAAGUGAUGUUAUGAAAGAGAUGGCAAAUAUACAUGCCUAUUCCAAAACUUUCCCACGGCUUUGAUUUGGACUCGGGCCAUUUGAAGUGCAUAAAACAGUUUUUGGUGGUGGACUUUUGUCUGAUAAUAGACUUUGGGGUUUAUUAAUUGCAUUGAUUGCUAUCUUCCCUGAUGAUGUGACAAGGAUCUUAUCUGAUUAUCAAAAUAAUAAGAAUAUUUUUAAAGUAUAUUUUUGCUCAUACAUGAUAAUAUAUAUAUUUUUGAGUUCUAUAUUUUUUUCUUCACUAAUGUUAUGUUAUUAAAGCAUAAAUGUGAAUGAUGAGAAAAUA